UGUAGUUCCUACAGUACGUCGUGUGGCUAGCAUGCCGUCGAAACAUAGUAAACAGUAACGAGCGACAGACUACACCUGUUUAGAAUACCGAUAAUUAGUUAGCCAUUGUUAUAAACUUUGGCUUGGGCCUGGCGAUUAUGUGAUCAAAACGCUCAUUAGUCAGCGCUUUGUUAUUCGGUAAUAUGCUACAUUGCCUAACUUUUAUUUUCUGGCUAUCCUGAGAGGAAUUCUGUGGGCAGACAUUAUCAAGCUUAGUUCUCUCACAAUAAAGAGCCAGAUUGUCUGUCAUGUAAAAUUUGACCGAUAACCUUUUCCUUUUCAAACGUUUAAAACGCAAACCGCAGACUAUCCUGAAGUUAUUUUAUAUUUAUAGUUGUAAUGGAUCAUUCAGAGAGUAGACAGGAGCCUGGCAGUCUCUAUGUAGAAUUGGCUACCAAAAACAAACAAUAUGCUUUACCUCUACACUCCUCCAUCACUUUAUUUCUUCUUUCCUACUGUGAGAACACAUCCUUCCGUGUGAUUCUUCUUUCUGCAAAAUCGGGUGAUCAGUGGACUUGGCUAGGUGACUUGCCCUCAACCCUUGCAGCAAAGGUACAGCUGCCAGAACCACCAGGUCUAGUUGGAACUUGUAGGUUGCCAGCAGUGGUGGAAGCCGAUGGGAUGUUUUGCAGAGCAGGGUUGGCAGUGGUGUUGAGACAUGUUAUACAGUGCACAAGUAAAGAGAGGCCUGGUUGCCUGAAUGUGACUUCUUUGCUGGGGUUUAAGAAUACUUGUCUGAAAGCCUGUGCAGAGGUGAGCAAGUGGACACGACUAUGUGAGAUUGACAUUCCCUCAGCAGUGGAGGAGCAUCUGUGCAACCCUACAGAGGAGGCCCUCCGUAUUCCUCCUGCUGUGUUGCUCUUUGAGAAGCGACUGGGGGAGCCUGUCAAAGUCCACAAUGAUGACAAGCUGCGGCGACAGAAGCUACAGCAACAGGCAAGCAGUUCCAAUGACUCCACUUUACAGGAAGAUGGCGUCAAUGCCACCUUAAAACACUGUGAGCCAGCUCAUGGAGUUGAACUCAGUGCUGCUUUGGCCAGACUCACCAUGGAUGAUCCUGAUGAGGCCACCAAGAGACCCCCUGAUAUUAGAAGAGUGAAAACAGCACAUCUUCCAAAGCUAGAACGUCAUUUUGCAGAGGGACUCUACUUCACUCUCACAGAUAUUGUCCUGCUCCCCUGCAUCCAUCAAUACUUGAGUUCUCUCCAGAAGCAUGCUCCUCAUGCUCUCUCUCAUCUCCCCCUCCUCUUGCUCUGGUACUGUCGCGUUCAGGACAUCCCUGGGGUUCGCAAAGCUGCAGAGAAUUGUGGAAUGACUUUGUUUAUACCACAGCCACCUGAGUCUAGUAUGCUCUCACCAGAGAUUUCAACUCUCAGUGAACUGGAACUGGAGGGCACCCAGCCAGAGAAGUUGCCCUUUGUUGGAGGACCCAGACCCACGCUCACUAAACUUAAAGAAAGUGGCAUUGAAGCAGUAUUCUCUCCUCAUCCCUGCCCAACCUGGACUCUACCUUGGGAAGAUCUCCCUGCCUCUGUCAACCCCACAACAGGACAAAUGUCAGAGACUCGUGCUAUACGGAAAUGCCAGCAGCUGAACAACCUUGUUGCCAUGGUAACUGAACUGGCACACCCUGGAAACAUUGUGGUGGACUUCUGUAGUGGUGGGGGUCAUGUUGGGAUUGUGCUGGCGUACAUGUUACCUCAGUGUCAGGUUAUUCUGGUAGAAAAUAAAGAGGAGUCUCUAGUUAGGGCCAAGGAAAGAAGCACAAAGUUAAACAUGAAAAACAUUAGCUUCAUUCAGGCCAAUCUGGACUACUACAUUGGACCGUUCCACAUCGGGGUAGCGCUACAUGCAUGUGGUGUUGCAACAGACAUGGUUGGAGAGCGCUGCGUUCAGGCUGGGGCAGCAUUUGUAAUAAGUCCGUGCUGCUAUGGCUUCAUUCAGAAUACCCAGAAGUUUACCUUUCCACGCAGCCUGAAAUUUUCGAAGAUUCUGGAUUACAAGGAGCAUAUGAUCUUGUGCCGAUUUGCAGACCAGACGGCCGUCCAGCUGCCAGAAGAGCGCCGGAUAAUUGGGAAGAGCUGCAUGGGUUUGGUGGAUCUAGACCGAAGUUGGGCUGCAGAGUCUCGGGGUUAUACAGUCAAAGUGAUGACCAUGGAGCCAGACAGCUGUUCACCUAAAAAUAACAUGUUGGUUGGCCAGCCAGGUCCAAAACACCCCAUUUCUGAUUAUGUGUGAAAAGAUUUACUGAAAGGAAGAAGUUAUUAGAGGCAGUUGCAUUACUUGAAGUGCUCAUAAAAGUUGGACUAAAACUGAAUUAUUCUGUUUUUAAUUAUGUUUAAAAAGUGUUUGCCUUAAGAUAAUUGAUCAUUGUUAAUGUUUGGUUUCUAAAAACCCAUUUGUAAUAAAUAUUACUUUCUGAA